UUUGCAUUCUACUACCUUAGAUGUAAUAUUAAUUGAAAAAGACGAGACUGCAAAUAACUUAAGUCAGUUAAUCAGAAACUGUUUAACUGAUUGGGAAAUAUUUGACAAAGUGAAUCAUAUUGUAACUGAUAAUGCAGCAAACAUGAAGCUAACUGUUGAGUUGCUCAAUAAAAAACAUUUUCCAUGUUUUGCACAUAGUCUCAAUCUCGUUUUGAAAAAUGCUAUUACAAAAUGUAAUAACAAAGAGGUUCUUUCAAUUAUUACAAAAUGUAAAAACUUAGUCACAUUUUUUCAUCACAGUUCUAAGGCUAGUAGAAUGUUAAAAGAAGCAAACAAAAAAUUAGCUGAGGAAGGAGAAACUGUUCCUUGUAAAUUAAUACAAUAUAUUGACACAAGAUGGAAUACAUUAUAUCAUAUGAUCAAUAGUAUCAUUGAUAAUCAUAAUGGUAUUAAAUUGAUUCAACUAAAUGACGAGUACUCAGAACUUCCAAUUUUAACAAAAGAAGAAAUACAAUUAACCAAGCAAAUAAAUAUGAUAUUAGAACCUUUUGAGCAAGCAACUAAAGAUAUUUCUGGUGAAGAUUAUGUUUCUAUUUCACUCGUAAUUCCUUGUAUAAAAGGCAUAAUAUUAAAACUGGAAGCUAUUCAUAAAACAUUAAGUUAUCCAGCAGCACUUUCAUUUUAUGAAAAAAUUCGACAAUUUAUUGACGAAAAAUUAAUACAUUAUGAACAAAGAACGAUUGGCAAAGUAGCUACGUUGAUUGACCCAAGAUUUAAAAAAAUAGGAUUUCGUUCACAAGCAAAUUACGAAGAAGCAGUUAACAUGUUACAAAAUCUUCUUGCUGCUCAAUUUAAAAGUUCGGAUCAAAUUGAAAAAAAUGUUAACCUAACUCACUUUAUUAAUAACAAGACAAACAAUUGUAGUGUUGCCAAGCCUACUGGAAUCUUCAGUUUUAUGGAACAUUCGUCGCAAUCUUCUGUAGCUAAUAUUGAUAAUAUUGUUUUAACAAGAAAUUAUCUAACAUGUGCAAAUAUUAAUUUGUCCGAAGAUCCUCUACAUUAUUUAAAAAAUAGGCAUCCAGAAAUUUUUCAAAUAGCCUUAAAAUAUUUAUGUACUCCAGGCAGUUCUGUACCUGUAGAACGGUUAUUCUCUACUACUGAAUAUAUUAUUUCUGAAAGAAGAAACCGAUUAUCUCCGAAAAAUAUAGAAAUUUUUGUAGUGAAUUGGCAAUGGAUAUUCUAG